AUGAAAAAUAAACAAUUAUUAAAAAUAAAAGAAUAUAAAAAAUCAAAUAAAUACUGGUUAGAAAAGUCUGAACUCAAUGAUGAUUUAGAAAUUGAAAGUGAUAACCUCUUAGAUGCCCCUGAUGAAGUAGGAAUGCCAAAGCCACCAAAACCUACAAAUUCUCUAUCUACAUCUCCAUCUCCAUCUCCAUCUCCAUCUAUUGAUAAUGGUUUCAAUCAAGAUAUAAAAAAAAGAAGAACAUAA